AUGAAUAGUUCUCCCUACAUAGUUAAGAGAAAACAAAGAGUUGGUGAUUGGAUCUGUGGUGUAUGUAAAAACUUAAACUUUUCAUUCCGAAAUCAAUGUAAAUCCAAUGAACAAUAUCCAGGCAAUCGAUGCAAUAAGUUCCCGCAUAGAAAAUCAUCAAAGCAAUAAUUUAGAGGUUUUCGAACAUUGGUUCUCAUCCAUUAUGAGGAACCAAUAGAAAGUGUUGAUGAAUUACUAGAAAACCAAAUUGAUCCAAUAGUUAAAUCAAGCCUUUUGGUGUUGGAUAUGGAUCAAUUUUGA